AUGGCCUAUCGCGACCAGUUCGACGCCAACCACCCUCCCUAUCCCACUUCCUACGAUACUAACUACUAUCCUCGCGAUAGAAGCCCGGAGUACGGCACAAGGCCCAUAUCGCGCACAAGCACCGACGCGUCCGAGCGUCAGCCUCGUGACAAUAGCCCGGCAUGGGACAGACGCAGUUUUGACUGUAACUCGCAGCCAAUCCAGCAGCCACUCAAGUCUGCCAUCGGCCAUGCGUUUGAGAAGUCGGAUGCUGCUAGUGGUGUUGAUCCACAACUCAUCGCUCAAAUCGCUGCCGAAGUGAAGAGGUCGGUAUUGGAUGAGAUCAAAUCAAGUGGGAUAACUGGUACGACAACCUCCCAACACGUGCCCGUCUCGUCGCAUCAAUGGAUCCCGCCCUCGCCGACAUCGACAAACAACUCUGUUCCACCUCGAGACGUUUACACGCCUCCAUCGCCAAAGCGCACAGACUUCCCAAGCCAACCGUCCCCUGACCGCGACCCUUUGUAUCGUGAUCCACUGUUGGAUGGCAGCAGUGACAUACCUACUCCACGCUUCGAGAGAAGUGUACCUCAAGAACGAGAGCGGCCGCCUGUGCGACCAAACCCCCCGACCAGAAUGGCGACCGAGGAAUACACCCCGAUUGAGAAAAUGUGGCAGCGGCUGUUCGAGACAGAUGGCCGGCCUUUGCCUCGUUUAGGCCAGCUCCUGAGAGGGCUGGCGCUGCACUUGAUUGAGGACUACGAACCAAAGCACAGCCUGGUCAUCUCGCCCGCGAAGAUGCUCAAAUUCUAUGAAGACGUCAAGAUUCAAGAUGAGAUCUAUCCAUGGAAGAGGAUAUUUGGAGAAAUCGACUACUUAUCUUUGUCCAAGAUAUACCGAGACCUGCGAUGCCAACAUCACUUCAUUCAAGAGCACCCUGCAGAGCAGCCGCGCAUACCUGCACUUACGCCUGAUGGUUUCCAGGAAUGGAUGGCCAUCUUAAUCCAGGCAUAUCCUGACGCAGAGUACGAUCGCCUGGUGAAAGCCAUCUUGGACAUGCCCAUCAGCAAUGCCGAUGAUCGAAAGGAGCGCUUUCCCAAAGAGCUGCCUCGCAGGAUGUUUCCGACUGUCGAAAACCUGCAAGCCCAACAAAGAUUCGCCGCAGUCCUGUCUUCCGAGCGGGUCGGUCCACUUCGCAAGGCACCCUCAUUCCCACCGCCCCCACCAAAGCCACAAGCCCCUUCACCAGGACCCAGUCUGGAGCGUGAGCGCAGCCCUUAUGCCUCGAAACCAGAGACGCGGUCUUUUGACACAGAUGACGAGCCCAUGCCGACAUCUGUGCCCAUUGAACGCGAGCGUAAGCCCUAUUCAGCAGCUCCAGGGGGCGGGAAAUCGUAUGAUGACAUGAACUCGAGCUCUCAUUCUGACACUGCAGCGAACGAGAAGCGUCGACGUGCACAGUCUAAUGCUGGCCAAGCACCGUGGGUACAAUCACCCGGCAAUUCCUACUGCCCACCGUCUCAUCACCCUCGCGCCGGCUCAACCAACGCCCGACCACGAAGCCCAAGUUUCUCCAACUAUGGCACCCAGUCUGAUCCAAAUGUGCGAGACAUGCCUGGCAGCUACUAUGGUUCCAGCAUGCACAAUACUGAUGAUGACACUCGUCGAUACACCAAGGAUACAGAUAGCAGGCGACACAGUCGGCGUCGCAGCGGAGUAGGAUUAGAUGGACCGCUCGACUCUCAGUCGCGAUCCAUGUAUGGCAGUGAUGAUGACUACAAAGGACGAAAUGGAGGUGGUGGAUAUGAGAACAGAAGCUACGACUCCCGUCGCUAUUAG